AUGUCGUCCAUGGACCUGGAAAAGUUGAAGAUGACGGGGGCAGGCCGGGCAAUAGCGGUGCUCACAAGCGGCGGGGACGCACAAGGGAUGAAUGCUGCUGUGCGAGCUGUCACCAGAAUGGGCAUUUAUGUUGGUGCCAAGGUCUAUCUGAUAUAUGAGGGAUACCAGGGGCUGGUGGACGGGGAAGAUAACAUUAAACUGGCACACUGGCAUAGUGUGACUAACAUUAUCCAGCUGGGCGGAACGAUAAUUGGCAGCGCGCGUUGCAAGGCGUUCACGACCCGCCAAGGAAGAUUGGCAGCCGCCUCCAACCUGGUCAAACGGGGCAUCACUAACCUAUGCGUGUGCGGCGGCGACGGCAGCCUCACCGGAGCCAACAUCUUCCGGGACGAGUGGAGCAGCCUGCUGGAAGAGCUCGUCCAGAGUGGGAAGAUCACAGAGGCACUGGCGAAGCAGCACAGCAAUCUCAACAUUGUGGGUUUGGUGGGAUCUAUAGACAAUGACUUCUGUGGCACCGACAUGACGAUCGGAGCUGAUUCUGCUUUGCACCGCAUCAUGGAGAUCAUUGACGCUAUCAUGACUACUGCACAAAGCCACCAGCGCACAUUUGUUUUGGAGGUCAUGGGGCGUCACUGUGGCUAUCUUGCAUUGGUGUCUGCGCUAGCAUCUGGUGCUGAUUGGCUAUUCAUUCCCGAGGCUCCACCCAAGGAUAACUGGGAGGAUCGCAUGUGUGACCGUCUUGAGGCGAGUCGUAACAAGGGGUCCAGACUGAACAUUAUAAUUGUUGCUGAAGGUGCUAUUGACAUGCACGGAAAGCCCAUCUCCUCCACAUAUCUUAAAGAUCUGGUGGUUAAGAGGUUGGGCUACGACACCCGAAUCACCGUACUCGGUCACGUCCAGCGAGGAGGAACUCCCUCAGCGUUUGACAGGAUUCUUAGCACCAAGCUAGGUGUGGAGGCGGUCGUCACCCUGAUGGAGGCGUCUCCCGACACUCCCGCCUGCGUCAUCGGACUGUCUGGCAACAAGGCUGUCCGUCUGCCUCUCAAGGAGUGUGUGGAAAUGACAAAGUUGGUGCAGACGGCCAUGAAUGAGAGGAGGUUCGAUGAGGCUGUUAAACUACGUGGAGGGAGUUUUGAAAACAACUGGAAUAUUUAUAAACUUCUUGCCUUUCAGAAGCCUGCCCAGGCCAAGAGCAACUUUUCCUUAGCCAUUCUGAACGUGGGCGCCCCAGCAGCGGGCAUGAACGCGGCUGUGAGGUCAGCCGUUCGAUUAGCCAUCGCGCACGGGCACAAGGUCUACGCCGUGCACAAUGGCUUCCAGGGCUUCGCCGACGGUGACGUGUUUGAGAUGCAGUGGCACAAUGUGGCGGGAUGGACGGGCCAAGGCGGCUCGCUGUUAGGUACAAAGAGAACCCUUCCCAGCAAACACAUGGAGAAGAUUGUGGAGAAUAUUGGCAAGUUCAACAUCUCAGCUCUGCUUGUCAUUGGAGGAUUUGAGGCCUAUAGAGGUGUGCUGGAGCUCUUCGAAGCCCGAGGUCACUACGACGAGCUUUGCAUCCCCAUGUGCGUGAUUCCCGCCACCAUUAGCAACAACGUCCCUGGAACAGACUUCAGUCUCGGGGCCGACACGGCCGUCAAUGCUGCCAUGGAGGGCUGUGACAAGAUAAAGCAGUCAGCUUCAGGGACAAAGAGGCGCGUGUUUGUAGUGGAAACAAUGGGGGGCUACUGCGGUUACCUAGCGACCAGCACCGGAAUUGCCGUGGGCGCCGACGCGGCCUACAUCUUUGAGGACCCCUUCAACAUCCACGACCUGAAGACUAAUGUGGAACAUCUCACUGAGAAAAUGAAGAAGGACAUCCAGCGGGGGCUUGUGUUGAGGAAUGAAAAAUGCCACGAGCACUACACUACGGAUUUCCUCCACAAGCUGUAUUCUGCUGAAGGGAAGGGAAUUUUUGACUGUCGGGUUAACGUGCUGGGGCAUCUCCAACAGGGAGGGGUGCCAUCUCCAUUUGACAGAAAUUAUGGAACCAAACUGGGAGUGAAGGCCAUCCAGUGGAUAAGUGAAAAGCUGACGGAAAACUACCGACAAGGUCGUGUGUUCGCCAACUCUGCUGACUCGGCGUGUGUCCUGGGCCUCCAGAGAAAGGUGGUUUCGUUCAGCCCUCUGACCCAACUCAAGGAGGUCACUGACUUUGAGCACCGCAUGCCUAAAGUCCAGUGGUGGUUCAACCUGCGGCCCAUGCAAAAAAUGUUGGCCAAGUAUCAGACCAGUUUCUGUGAGUACGUCCCAGGAGAGAUCGAACAUGUCACCCGUCGCUCGCUCAGCAUCGACUCUGGCUUCUAA